GGAGGAAAGUAUCUGCUCCGCUGAGGGGGGAAAGGAGGAGCAGGAGACAGAUUGUGGGACCGAGCGCGGGCGGGCGGGAGGCGCCGGAGCUACCAGCGGGUGAGUCCUGUUAACAUUAGCUAGUCCGUGGCCUGACAGGAGUCUCCCCUUCUACUCUGGCCAGUCCCAGCGUCCCGGGCCGGGGUCUCCCCUCCCAGUCUGUUGGACGGGGGCGCUGAGGCGGUGGCCAGGCCUGUCUGAGGAAGAGGGUGGGGCAUAGGCUAAAGACAACCAAUAGGAGAGAAGGAAGCCACAAUUGGCGGCCAUGAGCGCUAAUGGGAGAUCGCCUUUACCUUGCGGAGUGCCGCCCUCUUCUCUUCUCCCGCCUCCUUCCUUUUGGAGGAAGGCGGGGCCAGAGGACUGAAGUGUGGGGAGAACUUGGGCUCUGCUCUGCUUUAUGAAAUAUGGGAGACGACAGACCGUUUGUGUGCAGUGCCCCAGGCUGUGGACAGAGAUUUACAAAUGAGGACCACCUGGCAGUUCAUAAACAUAAGCAUGAGAUGACCCUGAAGUUCGGCCCAGCCCGGACGGACUCCGUCAUCAUUGCAGAUCAAACGCCUACUCCAACUAGAUUCCUGAAGAACUGUGAGGAGGUGGGGCUCUUCAAUGAAUUAGCUAGUUCCUUUGAACAUGAAUUUAAGAAAGCUUCUGAUGAUGAUGAAAAAAAGGGUGCUGCUGGGCCUCUAGACAUGUCUCUGCCUUCUACACCAGACAUCAAAGUCAAGGAGGAAGAGCCAGUGGAGGUGGACUCAUCACCCCCUGACAGUCCUGCUUCCUGCCCCUGCUCCCCGCCACUGAAAGACAAGGAAGUUGCCACAAAACCUGUUGUGAUCUCUACCCCUACACCCACCAUCGUACGUCCUGGCUCCCUGCCUCUGCACUUAGGUUAUGAUCCACUUCAUCCAACUCUUCCUUCCCCAACCUCUGUCAUCACACAGGCUCCACCAUCCAACAGGCAAAUAGGAUCUCCUACUGGCUCCCUCCCUCUCGUCAUGCAUCUUGCUAAUGGACAGACCAUGCCAAUGCUGCCAGGGCCUCCAGUACAGAUGCCUUCUGUUAUUUCGCUGGCCAGACCUGUUUCCAUGGUGCCCAACAUUCCUGGUAUACCUGGCCCACCAGUUAACAAUAGUGGCUCUAUUUCUCCCUCUGGCCACCCUAUGCCGUCAGAAGCCAAAAUGAGACUAAAAGCCACAUUGACCCACCAAGUUUCUUCAAUCAAUGGAGGUUGUGGAAUGGUGGUAGGCACUGCAAGCACCAUGGUGACAGCCCGUCCAGAGCAGAACCAGAUCCUCAUCCAGCACCCGGAUGCCCCAUCCCCUGCCCAGCCACAGGUGUCUCCAGCUCAGCCCACCCCUAGCACAGGGGGACGGCGGCGGCGCACAGUGGAUGAAGAUCCAGAUGAGCGGCGGCAGCGAUUUUUAGAGCGGAACAGAGCCGCAGCCUCCCGAUGCCGCCAAAAGCGAAAGCUGUGGGUCUCCUCCCUGGAAAAGAAGGCAGAAGAACUUACUUCUCAAAACAUUCAGCUGAGUAAUGAAGUCACAUUACUACGCAAUGAGGUGGCUCAGUUGAAACAGCUACUGUUAGCUCAUAAAGACUGCCCAGUCACUGCACUACAGAAAAAGACUCAAGGCUACCUAGAAAGUCCCAAGGAAAGCUCAGAGCCAACGGGUUCUCCAGCCCCAGUGAUUCAGCACAGUUCUGCAACAGCCCCUAGCAAUGGCCUUAGUGUUCGAUCUGCAGCUGAAGCUGUGGCCACCUCGGUCCUCACUCAGAUGGCCAGCCAAAGGACAGAACUGAGCAUGCCCAUACAGUCACAUGUGAUCAUGACCCCACAGUCACAGUCUGCGGGCAGAUGAUGCCUCCCAUGAUGGAGAGGUCCCCAGCCAGAGCUCGCCAGCCUGAGCCAAGAGAGAGAUCAACUUACCCCUCCUGUCUGCCUUGGAAUUGGCAGUAUGGAGAGGGAGAAAUUGUGUGUUGUGAGUAUGGACAGAUGUGGGGCUUUUCUCUUUAGCCACAUGAUCAUGUACGAUUAACACCUGUACGACGGGCUUCUGGCCCCAAAGCCACAUAGAUCAUCCCCCAAGGGUAGGGUUUCUUAUGAUCCUACAACCAAAGGCCUUUCCACAUGGUCUGAGCAAUCACCCCAGCCCUGAUGCAUGUGUGCCUCUCUUAACACUAACCCUUGCACUUGUAGGUUUGGGGUUUCUCAGUGUCCUCUCCUCCCCUUGAGCUGUGGCUGAUACCUUCUUAUCUCUUACUAGCAUGCCACUUCCUGCCAGAUAGAGGGAGACGAGAUUUGAUGGCGUGUUACUUGCUGUCCCAUCCCCAGCCACCCCAUGCACUCAGGACUUUGUCCCCAACAGCUGCUUAUUUGUCUCUUCCCCUCCUAAGCGGCAGUGAAAACACUCACUUGUUGAGAAUGUAAUGCAUUUAAUGUGUGAGGUAGCAGUGCUUCCCGCCUCUUCCCUGUGCUCUACUCCUGUCUGCUACCAAAAACAAACACAGACAGAAAAAGCAAAACUCUGAGAGUUUGAAUCAUUUUUCAUUUCCAAAUCUAUCGGUACCUCAUUUCGUCUCUUGACUUUCCUUAGUCUAGUGGUGGGGUCUUUCCUACUUCCCCACUCUGCCUUGGAAACCUCAUCUUGUGGCCUUAUUGUUAGUGGCAAUGAAAAGGGAGAGAGCCAGGGAUCUAACUGGGCCUCCCUGUCUCCUUCCCUACCCUCCAGUUCUAAUCAUCAGGGCAGACAGGAACAGUGUAACUUAAACUUGUUCCAUCAGGUUACUGGAUUAACUGAUUCUUUUAUGUUUUACAAGAGUUUACUGGCCAAAGUCUACAUAUUGUCAUCUUUGGUCACCUGUGCUCCUGCCUCUCCACCCUGCUUCCCUGUCCAUGUCACUGCCUGUUUCCACUAGAAUUUCUUUAGCUCAGCCCUCCUCGGAGUUGUCAGACAGAAGCUGCCUUCAUUCUCUGUCCCUCCUGCAGCUCUCAGCCUCCCUUCUUUCCUAAGGUAUGUCUUGUACCCACCAGUGUCCAGCACUCUCCCAGCUACCUUCUCUUUUUCCCACCUGGUUCUUGGCUGACCCACUAGGUGUCUCUAGUACUGAAAUCUUGUUGAACUUGUCCAUGGUACGGGCUCCAGGGCUCUGAAGCAUCAUGAUUGAGAUCAUGGGUGCUUUUGACGUAAAACUGAGUGGAGACAGGAGGUGUACAUUUUCCUAUGUAUAAUCUCAGCAGAGCACUCAGGAUUCGGCCUGUCUGUGAGAUUGCUGUCUGUGGCUGUUGACUGCCCUUAUUUCAUGGGUUACAGAGAGAAAGAUGUACCCCUCCUCUUCCUCAUCUUUCCUUGGCUCUGAGCUAUGCAGGCUCUUCCAGAGCCAGAGGCCUGUGGAUAGAUAGGUCAGCUUUAAUAGCUCUUGAGUUGAGAAUCCUCCCCGUUGUCCUAAAACCACCUUGUGCCAUCUGCUCAAGCCUAGAGUCCUCUUUUCUAGCUCCAUCUUAACUAUGCAGAAUAACUGUUUGCUUCCUUUUUUUGUCUUCCAAAAUUCACUGUCAUGGAGGGAUGAGGAAAUGUUGUAGCUUAUAUGAUUAUUUCUUCAGUUUAGACUAGUGAACCCAUCCUGUGAUGUACUUGUAUGUUUUAUGUAGAUUUCCCUCCUGUUGUUUAGAGUCAGUGCUGAACAGGCCAUACCCAGUAAAAAUAGGAGCUGGUUUUAUAGUCUUCUACCACAGGGGCUUAGCAGGAACAGCCCCUGAGGUGACCAGGCUAGCAAAUGUCACAGCAGAUGGUUGAGGGCAGGUUACCAUCUCCAGGGGUUUCACUUGCGUUAGAAACUUACAGCCAUAGUUUGAGCUCAGUACUUCUUUAGAUGGCUGCUUCCUGGGAUUUUUUAUUUUUUUUAUUUUUUGUCUUCUUUCCCACUUAUGAAUUUUGUUUCUUUCUUUCUUUUUCUUUUUAAUUGUCUUGACUGUCCAGUAGCAGCCUUACACUAAAGCAUGGCUGAGCUUAGAGCUCCCAAGGGGCCUUAGCAGACCCUUAGCUAUUUCUCUUCCUCCGUCAGUCAAGUGUCUAAGUCGGGGUAACCUACCAGCCUGUCCUGGGUCUCAUGUCUAGUAUAUGUGGAAGUUCUUUUCCAGUUUCUUAACCCUCAUGUCUGCUUCUCUUGAGUCUUUGUUUUCUUAGCAGGAACUUAGUACUGGGGACCUGAAUGAUGCAGGGCACCACCAGAACCAUCGUAGGAAAGCAGCACUGAAAUUAGGCACAGCAGGACAACCCCAGAUGCCUCAGUAGUUGGUUUUCAGCUUCAGAAAGCAGAGCAGCUGCUCAUGCUGCAGCUUCCCUUACAGUCAAGGGAGACAUUACCUGCACUGUCAUCACUGUCAGUGGUCACCGCCCUGACCAAUGCCUUCCCCACUUACCUGAACCAGAACCAGAUACUAUAGAGGGUGUCAAUUAACCCUUUUUGACAUCUGACUGUGAUGUGUCAUAGAGGGUUCUCUGGUCAUGUCUACUUGGGGUUCUAUAUGCCUCUUGUGUUUGGAUGUCAAUUCCUGUCUCUAGGUUUAGGAAAUUUCGUGAUAUAAUUUCAUUAAAUAAUUUGACUAAUUCCUUUUGAAUUUA